AUGAAUAUUGAACCCCUCGGGUACACAGCCAAGUCAGCUCAUGUCCAAGGUGUAGUCUCCGGGUAAUCCAUCGACAAAAGUGUUCGUUAGAAAAAAAUCACGCAAAAAAAAAAAACCAACAAAGGUGAUAUAAUCCCGUUUUUAGUGUGUGGCUUGAAGGGUAGUUAACCCAUAUUUUUUGGUCCUUCAUUGAGUGUAUUUAAUAGUUCUGAAGUUCAAAAAUGUGUCCUCGAAAUAACUUGUUUCAAUUUUGGACAUCGAGAAAAUGGGGUCCGAGCCAAGCUGAUGAUGUCUCAUGACAUCAGUUGAUUUGAUUACCUUUUGCCGAUGUUUUCGAUUCAAGUCAUUUCUUCAGUUGCAUUUUCCUUGUUUGUUCUGUGGCCCAAAAAUGUCCAUUGAUUCAGAAUUAAGUAAUUUAACUGGCUCUAAGGAAAGUACCGAUAUAGGCCAAGAUUCUAAAGAUAAUUCUGGGAGUCGUUCGUAAUGUGAAAUUUUGCAGUAGCAAUUAACCAAUUCUAAAACAGAAAAGUGAUUUACACUCGACCUGUAAUUGGUUAAUAUAUGUCACGUGAUGGUCAGCACGCCCUGUGAUUGGCUAGAGCAAUAGAGGAUAAUAGGACUCUAGCCGUCAGAGUGAUUACCAAGCACGACCACCGCGGUGUUUUGACAUGACGACUUCUACCUAUGCAAACAUUGCUAAUCUCGCUCCUAACUCAGAAAUGUCAGCCGCUAGAAAUCUCCUGGUUUCUUCGUGGAAGAGAAAGGCUCUUGUUGCAGGUCGUGAGGCUAAACCAUCUCAAGACCCAAUGAUGGGACAGAGAAUUAACUCUGCGGUGAAAAUUCAAGUGCUAUAGAUAGCCCUGAGCGUUUGCCCUAGCAAAGGGAAUUAGGAGAAUGACAUGAAGUAAAGACAAAAAAGACUUUUCAAAUCGGUGGGAUUCGAAACACACGACCUCCGGAUUAGAUCUAUCGUCAGUUGCUCUGCCGAAAAUGCCACGAAGCCUCGCUCCCAGGGUUUUUCCCUUUCCUUAGGAAAAAGCCCUGGAUGGAAGGAAUGAAGACAGAGCUGCGAGUAACAUGUACUCUUCACAUGCUUUCCUUGUCAACCCAUGACCGUGUCAUAGAGUCCAGCAUGCCGUUUAACAGUUUUGUUAAGGUAGAAGUAGGCACUGAGACAGUUAUCGAAAACACUGAGACAGUUAGUCCGCUUCAAGCUUAGCCCUCUGAUCAUGAAGUUCAGCCCUUCGCCAUUCAACACUUUUUUCCAAAACCUUUUCUGAAAUUUUAAAAACUGAGAAAUAAGAUUUUUCGCGAGUUUCUUUCAGGUUUCAGAACAUUCUGUUUUUUGAAAGGAAUCACAGUCAAAUGCCUCACAUGUUAUGCCACGGAUAAUGUGUUUUUGUUUAUAGUUAGUAACUACAAGGACAAGUGUGUCUGUACUUUUUUUUCCUCUUUCGAAAGCUCUGUCUUGGAAUAUCACAGCAGGGGGAAAACACGAAAACACUGAACCUCAAACAACUGCCUAAACAUACAACAUACAACACAGAACAUAAACUAAAACCUAUAUAUAUACAAAGUUACUUCAUCAUCACGAUACAGCCAUUGCAUACUGUUUGUUAACGUUUCGGCGCUAAAUCAGGUUCAAAAUAUUGGUGCCGUGAAAAUUCAAACGUCAGCAUCACACGGACUUUGACCCUCCAGAAACUGAAAGUUAAGUUGAUUUUUUUUCUGCGUAUUUACUUUGGAGAUAGUGUUAAGGGCCGGAAACUGAAGACUUCAGUUCCACUAAAAUCAAAAUGACGUCAGGUAGGUCAAAUUCUCGUAGACGGAUUUAUACUCCCGUCUCUCGUCGAAGUACUGAUAUUGCUGCGUAUAGUUUUAGAGCGGUUUUCAUUUGAGUGUCGAAAAGUAAUUGGUUUUGCACUUUCUACACGAUGCGAUUGGCUUAAAAGAUUCGCGCCACCUUUUCAUCCAAUCAGAAGUAAAACCAAAGCCAAUUGUGAAGCGCUUUGCGUCAGCCACGUGUAAUUACUUCGAGUUUUGAUUGGUUCAAUGUAUUGUCUGUGUCCUAUGUGAUUGGCCAGAGUAAUUACUUUGGUUUUGGUUUUACGACACUCAAACGAAAACCACUCUAUUUUGAUGAAAUAUACAUCAUACAUCUCCUUUUCGGUAAGACAGCAUAUAGGAUUCAAAAUAUGCCCCUUUUCCUGAUCCCCGUGUAUUUCAGAGUAACCUGAAGUGGGAUGGAGGAAUGUUAAAAUCGCAGGAAAAUUAGUGGAUUAUGCCAACACUAUACUACCAACGCCGAAUUUAUUGUUGACCCGAAGGUUUUAUGGUUGAUUAAUUUACAGCUAUUUGUACCUAAGUUGAUCAAGUGACUGCCAGGGGAGUGUACAGAUUGGUUGUUUGACAAUAUUAUGACAUGAUCAUAUUGCUUUCAUAGACGAUACAGCAUGUCCCGGUAGAAAAACAACAUUUUGAUUAACGAGCAUGCGCUGAACCGUGAACUUGUCCCUUUAAAAAUGGUAUAUGAAGUGGUAAGCGGUUAGACCUUAGGGUGGAGCCUCCGCGAAAAUAAAACUUGGUCGAGUUAGCUCCCAAGGUUCUUAAUGAAUGUUCCACUAGGCCUAAGCUUUUCGUGGUAACAAGCACGUCGUUUGAAUUGCUCUUUCGAAGUUGAAGGGUCAGGAGUCAAAUGAAAAUAAUCGCAUUUUUUCACAUCCACUCCCGAAGACAGACAUUUUGAAGGGCGUAUUUAAAAUACUCGACCCUUGUUUUGUCAUAUCUCGUGUAAUUUAAACUCGAACCCCGAGGCGCAUAUCACUCAAACGGGGGCAAGUAGGAGCCAGGUUUUGUUUUUUUUUAUUGACAUGGGGAUGUGUUUAUGACUUCAGUCUCAAGUUUUAGUCCAUUAUUGAUCACAUCGUCCCCACUCCACCCUUGAACAAAGAGGCACUCCGACCAGGGUGGUCAUCGUAAGGGUGUUGUCACGUCCUCUGUUGUGGUCGCACAACCUCUGGGGGUUAAAGGUAAAAAAUAAUCGAUCAAUAGAUAAAUAAAGUAAGAUAUGAAAGAUGAAUACAUUACAACUGUCAAAACCUUAUAUGCCUUACAACAAUAGAGUCAAUCAUGAACGCCAUAACGGCUCACGUGCGUUCAUACCAAUAAGAAAGUACCGUAUUUAUUCGAAUAAGCACCCAACCUCGAAUUAGCGCCCACCUCGAAUAAGCGCGCAUCCUAAAGGCAGAAAACUUUAGUAAGCGCUCGGCCUCGAAUAAGCGCCCACCAACACCCUACCCCCUUCACUCCGACUCAAAAUUAAAUAAGCACCCACCCCCCUUCCCCUCCCACUUAGGUGCAGGAAACAUGCGUGCCCCACCACGUCGCGAAAUCGUGCGAUGGACUCUUGAGGCCUGGGAUAGUUUGGAUAGAGAUCUUAUUAUACGUUCUUUCAGAAGCUAAGACUGUGGCUCCUGACAGUCAUUAAGAUAACCAAAUUCAUUUCCUAAAGGAGGGUCAGCAUUGUCAAACGGGUCUAGAUCGCCUAACAUCCAUCCAGCAAGUUUUAUCUGCUUCUCUGGCGACUAACCCAUUUGUCCACGUUACGAUGUCAGACAUCGAGGAGGCAACACCAAGGAAUUUUAAAUCACUUACUGACUUGAGUGACAACGAGAUUGAAAUUGAAUCUGAAUAA